UCGCAUUACAUACAUCAUUUGGCCAACUUUGAAUUCGUUUAAAUAAAUCCCUUCUCCUCCGCCCCUUCCCACCCAAACCAUGUCUGCCCUUGCCGCUGCCCUUGCCACCUUUUCCGUUCCCUCCCCUUCCAACGUCGUCGACAACAUCCCAGACGACCAUCUCAUCACACCCAUGCCUGUCGCUGGCCCGUCUCGCCCUGUUCUUCCAGAGACCCCCAUCGAGAUCCCAACCGUUUCGCCUAAUUUGAGGGCAAACGAGCAUCUCGCCGUAUUACUGCCCAGAUACCUCUGGAAGAAUGACUCGGCGGCUUCAUGCUGUGACAACUUCUUCUGUCGUGUGCGAUUUAGCGUAUUUGAGCGGAGACAUCACUGCCGGAAAUGCGGAGGCGUAUUCUGCAGUCAGUGCACACCGCGCACGACCCCCCUCCUCGAUACCUCCCGCUUACCGUUCCUCCAUCCCCCAAGGAACAUCUACGACGCUCGUGUCUGCGAUGACUGCUUCGACCAGAUCUAUGGAUGUCCUCGGACGCCUGAUCUCGUUCACUCGCCGGCUUUGUCGUGCUCGACGAGCAGUCUCGCAACACCACCGCCAUCCAUCAUCGGCGUUGAGCGCUCUCUGCGCAGCUCGCCUUCGCUCGUCAGUCUAGCUUGUUCGUCGUGUUCCUCAGGAUCACGGCGGCGGCUGAAGGUGUCCCUAGCUGAGGAGCCUUCGUAUGGUGCUCUCGACGCGUACCCCCUCAAGCGUUCGAGUGUGCUAUGCAAGGCUACUGGCGGAGGCAGAUGGGAACCCAAGCAGGAAACACCCCUCGCAGGGGCAAGGUUACCCGGUGGCAAGGCCGGAUAUGAGAUUAGAUUAGAGAAGGAAGCCGAGAAGGAAAAAAGGCGUAGAGAGAAUCCCGUUAUAAAAGACGGUGACUUCCAAUAUCGUUUCCCUCGCGAUCCCGAGCUUGUGGACCUCCAAGUCAGGCAGAUCUGCCUUUCGACGUUCUAGCCUCGACCCGUCGUUCGUUUAUUCUUAUUACUGUAUAUUUUGAGGCCCUAUCCCACUGUACCACUAAUCAAUGCUCGCUGCGCUUUCUUGUUAUACCUAUUCCCUUGCGCUACCAUCCUUAUGCAUAUAUCCUCCUUUCCUGUAUAUAUCCCUCCCACCACCGAACCCUGAGCGCGUUUUGUAUGUGCGUCUAUCUACUGUACUGUACUCUGUUGUACAGCUGCUUUCUUUUCUCUUGGGUUUUACUCUUGCUCUCGUUGGUUAUAUGCUAUUACUCUUGUGUUGUGUACCUACCUCAUGAGCAUGCAUUUGCUUAAUUCAUAGAACAAUUUAUACCUCAUCUCAGAAAAAAAUUCAAGUGUGUCGAUCGCGUCCCGAAAAAGGAAAGAGACGAAAAAA